AUGUAUGUACAUGUGUUAUGGGUUUCGCUGGCAUGGGUUCAAGUGGCGCUUCUUGGAAGUCAACCACUGGCGGCGGAAUCAGUGGUGGUGGCGGAGGCGACGGCGGUGUCCCUGAUCAGUUUUCCGGCCGGUCUACGGGUGCUUGUUGUUGAUGAUGACCCAACUUGUCUCAAGAUCUUGGAGAAGAUGCUUAGAAACUGCAACUAUGAAGUGACUAAAUGUAACAGAGCCGAAGUUGCUUUAUCGCAUCUUAGAGAAAAUAAAAACGGAUUCGAUGUUGUUAUAAGCGACGUUCACAUGCCUGAUAUGGAUGGAUUCAAACUCCUUGAACACAUCGGAAUUGAAAUGGAUCUCCCUGUUAUCAUGAUGUCGGCUGAUGACAGCAAGAGUGUAGUGAUGAAGGGUGUUACUCAUGGCGCCUGUGAUUAUUUAAUAAAACCAGUGAGAAUCGAGGCAUUACGUAACAUAUGGCAACACGUUGUUCGAAAAAGAAAACACGAAUGGAAAGAAUUCGAGCCAUCAGCAAGUGCAGAUGAACAGAAACCCCCAGAAGAACCCGAUUACUCCUCUUCUGCAAACGAAGGGCAUAAUUGGAAAAACACAAAAAGGAGGAAAGACGAAGACGAUGAAGCUGAUGAAAGAGACGAUUCAUCUUCUCUGAAGAAGCCACGUGUUGUUUGGUCCGUUGAACUCCAUCAACAAUUUGUCGCAGCCGUCAAUCAGCUCGGAAUCGAUAAAGCUGUUCCGAAGAAGAUCUUGGAGUUGAUGAACGUUCCUGGGUUAACUAGAGAAAACGUUGCUAGCCAUCUUCAAAAAUACCGGCUUUAUCUAAGAAGACUGAGCGGGUCACAACAUCCGGGCGGGCUAAGCACCGGGUUCAUGGGUAGCCCAGAAGCUGGAUACGGGUCGAUUUCGUCUCUCAAUGGGCUCGAUCUUCAAGCCCUAGCUGCUAGUGGUCAACUCGGUCAACUCCCUCCUCAAAGCCUUGCAACCCUUCAAGCUGCAGCUCUUGGUAGAUCAAAUAACUCAAAGUCUCCAAUUUCAGUCCCUGUAAUUGACCAAAGAAACAUUUUUAGCUUUGAAAACCCGAAACGUUACACAGAAGUCCAAAGUCAACAUUUGACCAAUAAUAAUAAUACCAAUAAGCAAAUGAAUUUACUUCCCGGGAUUCCUACAAACAUGGAGCCGAAGCAGUUUGUGAGUUUGCAUCAAUCGGGUCAGCAUUCAUUCGGGAGUAUGAACAAUCAAGUUCUAAUCCAGAUGGGUGGUCAAAAUCAAAAUCAAAAUCAAAAUCAAAGUCAAAGUCAUGGUCAAGGUCAAGGUCAGUCGAUUCCGAAUGCUAUUCCUCAUCAUGGGAUGAGGCAGCAGCCGGUUUUGUCCAGUGAGAUGUUGACACGUGGCGGAGUGGUUGACCUGGCAACAACAACGGUGUACAAUCCCGUGGUGUCACAAGCUUCGUCUCUUGUGGAUUUCUCAAUGAAUCAUAAAACGGAUUCGAGCGGGAAUAGUUACCCUCUCGGGGGUAGUUUGGGAAUUUCAAAUAUUACGUCCUCGUCAUCGACUCUCCAAGGAGAUGGGAACUUAGAUAGUAAGGUUUCGAGAAGAGGGAUUGUUCCAAGUUAUGAUAUUUUUAAUGAUUUGAAUCAAAAUGGGUAUCGGGAUUGGGGUUUACAAGAUGUCGGUUUGACCUUUGACCAGUCUCCUCCGGUCUUACUUCAACAUACCCGGUCUUCUGGGCAAGAAAUGGGAGGGCAGAAUCGUAAUCUUACUACCACCGGGACCCACCGUAACGGGUCAAACAUUGGUCAACCGCGUAAUACUUUUGCUGGGGAGAAUUCGUUGAGGGUGAAAGCCGAAAGCUUCAAUGAUGGAAGCUCUCAUAAUAAUUUAUAUCCUGAACAGUAUGGUCAAGAUGAUCUUUUAGCCGCGAUUCUAAAGCAACAGCAGCAGCAAGAGAGUGUCGGGCAGCCGGAAAACGAGUUUGGGUUUGACGGUUUCUGGUGUACAUAG